GGGGGGGGGGGGCUGUUGUGCCUGCCUGUCUAUCUGCUCCGUUUUAUCUCCCAGGCUGAGUGAUCUGCUUGGGAAAUCACUUUCCUUUCACACCCUGCCCUGGCUCAGCCAGUCUCUCGCAGACAUGCAGCUGGAGAGGAAGAUGCUGCUCUCCCUGCCCUGCUGCUGAAGAGAGUGGCGAGCUCUUAACCCUACAGGGGGGGCUCUUUGGGAAGGGAGGGGGGGUUGCCCUGUUGCGGACAAUCCCACCAUCUCCCCCCUCCCGGUCCUGCCAGCGUCCACCUGCCCCUCCCUACCACUACCACCCUCCCCCCCCCAGCGGGCUGGAGGGGCUGAUGCAGCCGAUAAGGGAAAGGAUAGUGGUUAAAGCUCGAGCUGGAUGGAUGGGUAUGGGGAGAGGGGCAGGAUCCACAGCCCUGGGAUUCUUCCAAAUCCUCCCUGUCUUUCUCUGCAUCUUCCCUGCAGCGACCUCUCAGUGCAAGAUCCUGAAGUGUAACUCUGAGUUCUGGGCGGCCACAUCUGGCUCUCACCACCUGGGCACGGAGGAGGCACCGGAGUUCUGCACGGCUCUCCGCACCUACGCCCACUGCACCCGCCGCACGGCUCGUACCUGCAGAGGGGACCUGGCCUACCACUCCGCCGUUCAUGGCAUAGAUGACCUCAUGGUCCAACACAACUGCUCCAAAGAUGGCCCCACCUCACAGCCCCGCCUCCGAACACUGCCCCCCGGGGACAGCCAGGAGCGCUCCGACAGCCCAGAGAUCUGCCACUACGAGAAGAGCUUUCACAAGCACUCAGCCCCCCCAAACUACACCCACUGCGGGCUCUUUGGGGACCCCCACCUCAGGACUUUCACAGACAGCUUCCAGACCUGCAAAGUGCAGGGGGCUUGGCCACUCAUAGACAAUAACUACCUGAAUGUCCAGGUCACCAACACUCCGGUGCUACCCGGGUCCUCAGCGACUGCAACGACCAAGCUCACCAUCAUCUUCAAGAGCUUCCAGGAGUGCGUGGACCAGAAAGUGUACCAGGCAGAGAUGGACGAGCUCCCGGCUGCCUUCGCUGACGGCUCCAAGAACGGCGGCGACAAGCAUGGCGCCAACAGCCUGAAGAUCACCGAGAAGGUGUCUGGCCAGCACAUCGAGAUCCAAGCCAAGUACAUCGGCACCACCAUUGUGGUGAGGCAGGUGGGACAUUACCUCACCUUCGCCGUGCGCAUGCCCGAGGAGGUAGUGAACGCCGUGGAGGACAGGGACAACCAGGGCCUUUACCUCUGCCUCCGGGGCUGCCCGCUUAACCAACAGAUUGACUUCCAGACCUUCCGCUCUGCUCAGGGCACGGAAGGCCGGGCUCGGAGGAAAGGGCCCAGCCUCGUCUCCUCCCCCGAGUUCUUCACCUACGAAAUGGCCAUGGCCAAGUGCCGGGAGAAGCUCCCCGUGGAGGACCUGUACUUCCAGUCCUGCGUCUUCGACCUCCUGACCACGGGGGACGUCAACUUCACUCUGGCAGCUUAUUACGCUUUCGAGGACGUGAAGAUGCUUCAUUCCAACAAGGACAAGCUGCACCUCUAUGAAAGGACACGGGAGCUGAGCCCGGGCAACACAGCCCCCUCGGGGCAUCCCCGGACCCUCCCUGCCCUCUGGGUGGCGCUGGUGUGUCUGAGUUGGCGCUGGUCAGUGUUCCUAUAGAUGUGACCUCGGUUGGGGGGGGAGGAGCGCAGCAGGAGGGGACGAUGGUCUGUGCUGGAUGAGGAGAGGUUGAACAGCCGGUCCGGCUGGGAGCUAAAGAAUCAGCCCCUGUCCUCAGAGUUAGACCCCCUGGACCGUCAUGGGCCUGCCCCAGAGAGCAGCCAGACCUCAUAUAGCCCUUCCCCAGCUCACCCUCUCCUCCUUCCCCGCCUCCCCCUACUGCUCCCUCGUGGUACUGCAAACGGUUGUGGUGACUGUGAUGUUGGCAUUUGUGAAAGUCGUUUCAUGUUAGGAGAGUUGGCUGCUGCUGCCUGGGAGGAGGGGAGAGCACCCCAGCUGGUCAGGGUGGCGUGCUGGCAAGAUGGGCCCAUGCCUAGAGACCAUCACGGGACACAGAGACAGGCUGGCCUCCGAUUUUCAGACCCACUUUGCUCGCGCAAAUGACUCCACCUGCUAAAGGGCUCACCCCCCCAACCCACCCUACGACUGUGUGUGCAAACAGCUGGUGGUACGCACCUAAGCGGGGCCCACUCACUCCUGGGGCUCAGCCAACUGCCUGUGCAAAUGCGGGUGCUAAACACCAGACAGAGGAGCUACAACGGUGCCCUCCGGGCACUGGGCACACAUCCACACAGAGAGAGCGUGCAGGGGUGGGCGGUUGGCUGGAAUGGUAUCUGUCCCUUAUUAAAGACCCUGCUCUUCCCAGCACCGAGCUCCCUGCAGGUGUUCGAGGAGCACAGUUCAUCUUUCGCUGAAGGGCACCAUUCCCGGGGGAGUGGAGGAGUCAGUCACUGAUUGCAUUUGCUGUGCUAAUCUGGGAGCUAAUAGUAUCUGGGAAAUCCCAUCCUGGCACAUUAACACUCUGAUUCACUUCAUAGCCACGAGGUUUUGAAUCCUUUGGGCCCUCCCUGCCCUGCCUCCUCCCCUCAGAGAUGCAAAGGGAGAAACCUGGCCAGUAUUCGAGUGGUUUCUGACAUUUGCCUUUGGCCUCCUCCCAGCAUUUGAAGUGCUCCUUUUGACGUGGCCCUUUGAUUCCAUUAGCUCCCAGGGGGCUCAGGCAAAGCGAGGCGGGAGGUGCCAGUGAUCUCCCAGAUUUGUACUUCAGGGUGACCAGUCAGAUCUCCUCAAGCCCCUCGCUGACAGGCUGGAGUGUCACCACCUCUAGCCCUGUCCCUCUUCAUCACACAGGAGGGCAGCUGUGGGGUUGGGGCAAAGUUCUAAGAAAGGCAGUGCCCAGGGAGUGCGGGGGGGGAGUUUUGCUUGUUUGCUACUAAGCCCCUGCUCCUCUCCGAGUGAUCUCAUUUCAGACCGGUUGCAUCUUUGUUCUUCCUGGCUCGAUUCUGAGGAGGGCACUGUUUGAAAAUCCAGACAGGGGCAGGCCCUGAGGAAUCCCAACUGUCCAAAGGCUCUGUUCCCUGGCAGUAAACAAUCAAUAAUCUCCUCUACCAGGAUGGAGUGCCCCUUCCCCUUCUCUGUGUUCUUCUGGGAUUUGCCUCAUGGUUUGCUCAGCAAAUUACAAGACCAUCUGUACCUCAGCCUGGAGCUGGGACACCUCUAGGGGAAUGCUCCAUCGUUCCCACAGCACGAAUUUCCCAGAGAUCUCCCCGGAAGUGCAGGUAGAUCACUGGGACAACCAGCAAUCGUGGAUGGUCUCUUGACGGCGCCCAGAGAGCCAGUCCAGAGAGGAAUGGGUGUGUGACGUGUUUUGCAGCGCAUACAAACUAGUUCCACAUGGCAGCCUCCUGUAAAGACUCAAAGGUGGGAGGGAUAGCUCAGUGGUUUGAGCAUUGGCCUGCUAAACCCAGGGUUGUGAGUUCAAGCCUUGAGGGGGCCAUUUAGGGAUCUGGUGCAAAAAUUGGGGAUUGGUCCUACUUUGAGGUCCCUUCGAACCCUGAUAUUCUAAGCAACUAUUCAUUGUGUCCUGCCAGCUCUAGAACUCCCAUUUGUAAAGCAGCAGAGAAAUGCAACGUGUGUCAUUGGAUGUAAUUUAUAUUGUCUCUAAUCUAUGGACCCCUGGCGUGGAUUUCGUGUGACUGUACAGAUAAAGAGAUGUCAUUGGUUUUUAGGUGUUUAACA